AAUAAAACGCAACUAGUCUAGAUCUAAAGAUCUAGAUAUCUAGAUCUACACAAUUACUUUUUCACUUACCAGUAAAAGUUAUCUGACUUGUAGAUCUAUAUCAAAGUUGAAAAAAAAAUGACAGAAUCAGGUACCUUGCGUGAAAAAGGAAAUCAGGCCUUUAAAAGUGAAAAGUAUGAGGAUGCUCUUUCUUGGUACACACAGGCCCUUGAUACAGGUCCUUUAAAAGACCAGGAAAAAGCCAUUGUCUACAAAAACAGAGCUGCAUGUUUUCUCAAGUUAAACAGAAAUGAAGAUGCUGUAAUUGAUGCCACUAAAUCCCUUGAGUUGGGACCAAAUGACCCAAAGGCUUUAUUUAGAAGAUGUCAAGCAUACGAAAGUUUGGGUCAGGUUGAAGAUGCUUACAAAGAUGCGAUUCUCUUAAUCAAAGUAGACCCUCAGAAUAAAGCAGCUCGUCCAUUGUUUAACAGACUUAACAGCAUUGUUCAGGAAAAAGCCAAGCAACAGGCCACAACGGGCAACAAAGUAUCCCAGAUGUUUAACAUCGCCUUUGACCAGACAGUUGACAAGCAGAAACGGUUGCAGGCUUUAAAUAACCUGAUAGUUUUGUCAAGAGAAAAUGUUGGCAGCACACAGAUAGUACAGGAGGGAGGCCUGAACAAGCUGAAGCCUCUCCUGGCAGAGAAGGACCAAGACAUACAGAAAGCAGCUGUUAGGGUGCUGGGCUCAUUGGCCAAAGGUAGCAAAGUCAGGUGUGCUGCAAUAAUGAAAGAGAUAGGAAUUCCCACCUUGGUACAUCUGAUGUCGGCAGAUACAGAAGAGAUGGCGUCGUCUGUGGCUCUUCUGAUCCAGAAUCUCAUCACCUACUUCACUGGACUUAAUGAACAUCAGGAUGCUUUAAAAAAGUAUGAAGAGGCUAAGAAAAAGGGUGAAAGACAACCUUACCCGCACAUAAAACUUAGUGAAGAGUCCAGCGCAUUCCUUGAUGAAGUGUUCAAAGCUUUAGUGAAGAUGCUAGUCAGCAGUAAAGUUUCAGCUUUUGGUAGAGAUUCUGCCAUGGAGCUUAUCACCAAAAAUGUUACCUCCAAGGACGGCUUAGAUUGGACCAAGCCUUUCUUGGAUACACAGGGUGUAGAAAAUCUCUUGACUGUCGCUGGUGUGCAAAAGGAAUUCAAAACUCUGCAAAUUACUCCACAUUCAUCAAUGCAUGCCUCCGUUGCGCUUUCGAAAAUAUACGAUGAUCUUAUCAAUGACAAGCUCAGGGAUAAAUUUAAGGAGAAGUGCCAUGAGUACUUUAGGGAUCUUUUUUCUGAUGGCAUUUUUGAGUCUAAGAUAGAGGCAGUGGCUGCCCUCUCUACACUGCUGCAGGGUACUUAUGAUGUGGGAGGAAUGUUGCUGGGUCUGGAAGGUGUCACUGAGCUUAUGUUUACAUUAGCGGAGACAGACAACGUACAGUACCAGAGGGUAGCUGUAGAAGCUAUUGUUAGCUCAGCGUCAAAGAAAGACAAAUGCAGUGGUAUCCUCAAAGAUGCUGUUCCAAUAUUGAAGAAAUUGUACCAGUCUUCGGAAGAUCAUAUUAAAGUCAGAGCUUUAGUGGGCCUGUGCAAGCUUGGGAGCUUUAUGGGAACUGAUGCUAGUGCUCAACCUAUGGCUGAAGGUUCAACUGAGAAGUUAGCUCGUAUAUGCAGAAAAUUUCUUGUAAAUGCAACUAAAGAUUCAGAUCUCCGCAAGUGGGCAACUGAAGGCUUGGCAUACCUAACCCUAGAUGCUAACAUUAAAGAAGAACUGGUGGAUGACACAGAAGCAAUCAAAUCUAUUUUUGAUCUGGCCAAACUUUCCGAUCGCAAUACAACCUAUGCAUCGGUUACUGUACUUGUCAACUGUACCAAUAGUUACGACAAGCAGGACAUCAUGCCAGAGCUCCUUGAAUUAGCUAAGUUUGCUAAACAGCACAUACCAGAGGAGCAUGCCAAGGACAAACCAGAAUUUAUCUCUGGGAGAAUCCACAAGCUUGCCAAAGCUGGAGUUAUUAAUGCCCUUGUUGCUCUAUCAGACACAGACAGCAAAAACAGUAGAGAGCUUAUAUCUAGAGUAUUUAUGUCCUUGUCAACUGAAGAAAAACUUCGUGGUCUUAUAAUCCAGCAAGGUGGAAUCAAGUCCCUCUUGAACUUGAUGAACAACAACACAGACAACGGAGUGGUUUUGGCAUCUCAUGCACUGGCUAAAAUAUCUGUGACAUCAGAUCCUCAUUUUGCUUUUCCAGGACAGAGGGUUUACGAAGUUGUCAGACCGCUGGUGUCCCUCUUACAUGCUGACAGGUCAGGGUUACAGAACUUUGAGGCCCUGAUGGCUCUAACAAAUUUGGCUUCAGUCAGUGACUCAGUCAGAAACCGAAUUGUAAAAGAGAAAGGAAUUCCAUCAAUAGAGCACUACAUGUUUGAGGAACAUAAGAUGCUGAGAAGGGCUGCCACAGAGUGUAUGUGUAAUAUGAUCUUGAGUGAAGAGGUUCAAGAGUUAUUUGAAGGGGAGAACGACAGAGUUAAAGUGCUGGUUCUGUUCUCUGGUGAAGAUGACCCUGCCUUGGUUAAAGCUGCAACAGGGGCCUUGGCUAUUUUAUCAGCCAGACCCUCUUUAUGCAGGAAAAUUGUAAAGGUGAAAACAUGGUUGGAUAUAUUCCAAGUCCAUACGGUCAGCGAACAACCAGAGAUACAGCACCGUGCAUGUCAUGUCGUCAUGAAUAUUGUGUUUGCUGACAAGGAACUGGCCAGUCUUGUUGUUGACAGCCCGAUGCUUGAAAUCCUCAUGGCCGUGGCCAAGCAGACUGAUCCCAAGGAAGAAAUGGCCACCAAGGCUGCCCAGGCCGCCCUGGAAAAAGCUAUUGAAUACGAGCUCAUUAAAGAAAAUCAGCAGGGGAAGGCACCAGAUAAUUUCUUGGAAAUUUUAAGGGAACAGCUGCGUCAAGCCCGGGAGGAAGAAGAGAAAAGAAUAAAAGAAGAGGAGGAGGAAGAGGAGAGGAAGAGGAAAUUGGAGGAAGAAGAAAAGAAAAAGGCAGAAGAAAAGAUGAAAAACUUGGAGGAAGUUGACGAAGAAGAGGUGGAAGAAAUUAUAGUGGAUAAAAAAGAAAAGAAAGACACUUCAGUAGAAGGUCCGAAAAUUCGAGAGCUGACAGACGAGGAAGUAGCUAAGUUGGAAGCUGAGAACAAAAGUAAAGGCUCUAACAAUGACGAGGAGGAAGAGAUUGACAAAGAAGAGUUAGAGAAAGGGGAUGUUUGGAAUGAUGAGGGUGGUUUGCCACAAUGAUAAGUAUGUUAAUUUUUUUUUUAACUGUGCUAUUUAUUACUAUGAUUGUGCUACUAUGCAAAUUUGAAUAUGUUGGAUAUUCAAGGUGCUAAAGUUGAUCUGAUAAUUGUUCAAUUUUGAAUCAGCAUUUAUUUUUAGGUUGUUUUUUUUUAACUUAAAAAUUGAAAGACAUCAAAAUGUGUGAUAAAAGGAAUGAAACUACUGUAAAAUGUGAUAGUCUUCAAAAUGACUAGUUAACACCUUGAUGUGUUUAAAAACAUUUAGUUCUGAGUUAAAUAUGGCAUUUUGGGUUCCCAUUUUGUUGGUCAUGAAGCUAAUAUCAAACACAUGGGAAAAUGUAAUUCUUGUUACAUUUAGUUAAUUAUACAUUUUAUUGUUUGCAAAAUUAAAAACAUAAUUUUCUUAAUUUAUAAAUUUAUAUAUCAAUCCACCGAUUAUUGGAAUAGUGCAAUAUUCCUGUACAAAAAUCAUUUUUUAUACUGUAAUCUAUUUUGUUACUUUCGUGUGCCUGCAUGUUGGUUAUAUUAUAAUGAAAUCAUCUUUUGCAACUACCCAUAUCCUGACUGCUUCUCCAACCUCCCUAUUCUAAACUAAUUUUUGUUGCCUAUUCUGUUCAAAAAAGUGUGCAGCUUUUCAAGAUUGGGGUCUGUAUAAAGUAAAAAAAAAUUCAUACAAAACGUUUUAAUAACAAGCUUUUAUGUACUAAUGCACUAAAAAGUUUAAAAUAAAUUAUAGACUACUAUUUAAAUUACUAUAAAGAAAAGCGUUGGUCACUUUAGUAUCUAUUGGAUACCGUUACUAAUGUUUAGGAAGAGACCCACGCUUUUCUUUAUAGUAAU